UCUGCAUCGUCAAUGGCAAUGGCAAUGCCAUCUAUGAUCUAUCUUUUGUAGGGGAAAUUUGGAUCUUAGCAAUCUCAAUUUCCCAAAAUCAACACCUCAUUAGCUGUUAGAUUUCACAUGGACCCACCACCACCACCUUUACACAUACUGCUAAAUCUAUCAUACAUCUCAUCUCCUCACAGUGCCAUGCCCACCACUCCAUUUCUCCAUUUGAAAAAAGUAGCAGAAGGAGAAAGGAAAAAAAAAAAGUGUGAGGAGAGACCCAGCUACUGGAUCAUCAUACUUCUUUGAACUAUGGACACCCACCAGAGCCAAGACAUUAGGCAAAAAGUGCUAGACAAGUAUGAUGAAGACAAGUUAAAACAGCAAGUUAAAGAAGGCCUUGCAGCAGCAGCAGCAGCAAAUUCCACUGCAGCUUCACCACCCUCAGCAUCAUCAUCUCCUUCUCAUGAAUUCUCCUUCACAAUAUCCCUCCACUCUUCCUCAACACUGGUCCCUGAAAAGGCCAAGCCUCCACCUUCAUUCGCACUUGAUUUGUCACCGGCAGAUGAGAUCUUCUUCCACGGUCACUUGCUUCCUCUCCACCUCUUAUCUCACCUUCCUGUGUCGCCUCGCUCGUCUACAAAUUCCUUGGAUAGCUUUACCCUGCCCAUCAGAGAAUUAAUGGAUGAUGAUAAAAGACCCACCAGGAAUAGCUGCAUAAGCAAUAGUGACAGCAUAUUCGAUGGAAGCAACAAAGACCAUACACAUCAAAGCAAUGAUUGUGAGACACAGGGAAGACGCAAGAACAAGUCUUUCUCAUUAUUCAGAUUGACGAGACGGCAAAAAGGGUGUGAAGUUACAGAAAGGGAAGAUAAAGAGAAGCACAAAAGGAGGAUAAGAUUUGAUGUGAAUCAUGUCCUAAAGAAAUAUGCGAGAAUGAUUAGGGCACUACCAUUCUUCAGAGAAAGGAGAGAGAAUCUGCAAUUCCCACGGCAAGCUUAUUCAUUUUCGGGUGGUUCAAGCUCAAGAAACAAGCAUGAGAUAAGAGGAAGAAGAGGAGAAUUUUCUGCACCGGCCUCAAUGAGGACAUCCCCAACAAAUAGUGGACUUCUUGUCGCAACAACCACACUUCCUUCUUCUACAAGUGACAGCACUAUGGAGGAGUUGCAGGCUGCAAUUCAAGCGGCCAUUGCUCACUGUAAGAACUCCAUUGCUAAGGAAGAUAAGAUCAAAUGUUAGUGUCAGAUUAUUGCUUUUCAUUUUGAGAUACUGUAGUCAUUUAUAUCUGUAGUUUCCCCUGUAUAAAGUGGUAUAUGUGAAGAAGUUGAAUGAGCAUAAUUGAAGAUUGGUUCAACAAA